UUCUCAGAAGAUGACAGCCUGUCUCCUAGGACAAAGAAUCCAGUGCAAGGCAGUCUCCCCUCCUGCUCAAGGUGCUCACCACUGAAAAAGAAUAUGCAGGACACAGCUGGCACUGACACGGAACUCAUGUCCUCCAUGAUGCAAAAAAUCACUCUGUUGGAACAAAAAAUAGAGAAACAAGCACAAGAAAUGCAACUGAAGGACAGGAGGAUUGCUGAACUUGAAGAGAAGAUGAAGACUCUUCAGCAAAGAGCAGAUGUCCCUGACUCAUCCACAGCAGAGGAACUGGAAAUGAGGUGCCUUCAGCUGCAGAGCCAGGUCUGGGAGAUGGAGCGGUUUCUAAAUGACUAUGGUCUGAUCUGGGUUGGAGAGAGACAUGAACAACUGGAAGAUUUAGAAUCGUUCAAGGAUGAAGAAGAGCUGCCAGCAAGGAGCCUCUGGAAGCCAGGUGAAGCAGUUGUUUCCAAACACCAGAUUGAUUUCGAUUUAAUCUUGGAAAACGUGAAGGAUUUGAAUGUGCUGGCUGGAGAAGGCAUUUCUCAAAUCGAGCACACGCCUGGGGGUGCUCGGCUGAGACAGCCAGAACCCCUUCCCCUCACGCUGUAUCAAAAUGGGAUCGUGGUCAAUGGACCCUUUCGGCCCUACGAGGACCCAUCCGCACAGCAAUGCCUGCAGGAUAUUAUGGAUGGCUAUUUCCCUUCAGAGUUGCAGAUGCGCUACCCAGAUGGCAUCCCUUUGCGGGUCACUGACAGAAGGGACGUGGUAUUUCGGGAGAGACACCUUCCAGGGAGUUUUCCUGGCCACGGCCAAGUGGUUGGCCAUUCAAAAUCAAGUGAGAUGCAGGAAACCAUUGAUAUCCCAGGUCCCAAAGUCUCCUUGGAGCAGUUAAUCAACAAGCUUUCCAAGCCGUUGAAAAACAGAGAAGCAAUCAGUGUCCAAGGCUCAGCCAAAGCAGCACAGCAGGGCUCUGAUGGGGUGCGGAGCAGCAAAGAGAUUCUUCUGGAGACACCCAGGCUGUCUGCACUGGAGAGGGAAAAGACAGCUGAAGCUUCUGCCCCUGAUAUCUGCACUCUCCGCAUCAAGUCUGAGAGCGGGGAGCAGACAUAUAUUGUAAAGAUGUUGUUCACGGACACCAUAGGGGACCUGCGCCAACGCCUCACCCAUGCCAGGGGUGGAGACUCCAACUCGUAUGAGAUCAUCAGCACCUUUCCCCAGAGGGUGUACAUGGACAACUCCAGGAGCCUGCAGGAAUGUGGACUGAUCCCCAGUGCCUUCUUGCUGCUGCGGAGAAGAGACCCCUCCCAACACGAGGGGACAGGGCUGCAAACAGCUUAACAGCUCGCCCCAAGCGCUGCAAGAGGAAGAAGCUGCCUUGCACUGUUAGUUGUGUUAAAACCUCCCCAGCUGGGAAGAGAGGAGAGGGUUGUCUUUCCAGAUUUAGUUUCACUGCGCCGUUACCCAGGACGGACGGAAGAGUUCAGAGGCAGCAGCGUGGCCUCUCCUUUCAGCACAGGGUGCCAGGCCCAGUCCUGCUGCCUCAUGGGUGGCUGCCUUUCCCCGAGACAAAUGGGCUCCUAACACCGGGGCACUUGUGUCAGCUCAAGCCCAAGACCUGGUUUCUCACCUCUGCUGAAGGUUACACAGGCUCAUCCCCACCCAGGGAAGGCCACCAGCUUUACGCUGGGACCGGGCAGUUGUUUAGCUGGGCUCAGGGAUUCUCUAUAGGAUGGACAAACAGCCAGGGUCAAUUUGCUUUCCACACACAGCUGCUCCCCAGAGAUUUCAAUGCAUUUAUACCACGAGAGAAACAGGCUCAGUUAUAUGGUCCCCAGUAAAACUAAACCAAAAGGCCCUGAGCCACUGCAAUGCUGGGACAGAGCCAGACUCAGCCAGGAGAUCCUGCUGCUGGGUUUCCUGUACGUGAAUGACUCCUUCCCUUGGACAGCCCCCAGCUCCGGCAGGGCCCCGGCUCCCAGCCCCGGCUGCCAGCCUGCCUGCCUCCCUCCCUGGCAGCCUGCUGCAGCCAGGAGCUGGAUGCUGCAACAGGACACCGUGUCAUUGGAGAAGAGCAUAAACCCUUCGCUGCGUCUCUGCUGAACCCUGAAUAAAGCAUCUUCCCUGCUCUCCUGUGGGCUGGGGCUGCACUCCGCAGGCCCCUUUCCCCAACACACUCUUCCUGUUUCAGCUGGGACAAGCUCCCACUUGACUCCCAGCCGACGGCACUCCCACUUGCGAGAGGCAGCACCUUCUGGCAGGUUCCCUUUUAGCAGAGACCCUCAUUAAAGGCUCCCAAUAAAACCGUUUAAGUUGCA